AUGGCAGUGACACUAAAUCCUAUGAUUCGUUUGAGCAUGAGCUGUUAGAGAUACCAUCGAGAGCCCGUUCACAAUCUCAUCAUGAGGCAUUGACCCACGCAUUAGAAGAGGGGGAUACCUCUUCACGUCCUGAGGUGACUAGCAAUCCGCCACCACCUCUCAAUGUGGAGCCUCAACUUGAGGUGACUGCUGGUAAUACUAUUGCUGCUAAGCGUGCUCGUGGCCCGACUCGAGGCAAAGAGGUUCAAGGCCUUGUUGAUAAAGAUGGAAAGCUUAGCGUGCCUAUCCCUCCAGAAUUUCGUGCACCGGUAGGGGACUAUGCCUCAAAACUAGCCUCAAAGAUUGGUGUAGAAGUGCGAACUCGUUUACCAAAUCCAAGUGUUCGUAGGUGGAAGUAUGUUGAUGCCUCCGUUAAGGAGGCGAUGUUUCAACGCUUGAAUGAUCAAUUUGAUUUACAAGGAGACCCUGUUGAUAUAGAGAAGGCAAUGAACACAAAAUUUGGUCGGAGAUUGAGUAACCAUACCUAUAGGCUGCACAAACAAUUCAUGGAGCUGAAGGAGGCUAAAGGGGAGGAGUAUGCAAGAAACCACCCACCAAAGAAUGUCGAUCCUACCAAGUGGAUAGAUCUUAUUGAUAAAAAGUGGAACACUAAAGAAUUUCUGGAACAAUCAAAGGCCAACAUCGCGAACAGAGAAAGGAUGUAUACAAAACAUAGGUGUGGUUCUAGGUCAAUCCCUGUUAGAGUAGAAAAACUGGCACGAGAAAAGAAGAUGCUACCUGAUCUAGCAGAGUUGUACAAGGAAACUCACUAUAAUGAGAAAACACAU